AAUUGCAGGGAUGAAGUGGACUGGUCAUCGGCUCUUGCUUCUGACAUUGUAAGGGUACACCUCGUGGAUCACAAUUUAUUUUCCAAGCGAGAAAAUGAACUAGGAUCUCGAUUCUUCGAUAAAAUCGUGGAAGUUGUUGACCAUCACGUUGAACAAACCCGAUUCGACGCAGCAGUCGAGCUGAAUAUUCAUCGAGUUGGUUCUUGUGCUUCACUAGUUCAUGGUCUCUUUGUCAAAAGUGAACGUGGUAUUCCGCCCCUUCUCGCUCGGUUGCUCCUCGGUCCGAUUAUUGUGGACACGGUGAAUCUCAGUCCUGCUGCAAAAGUGGCGACAGAUGUGGACCAAACCGCGUUGGCGAAAUUAGAAGAAGUUCUGCUGUCUUCGGAGGAAUCCGAAUCUUGGGACCGUAACAAGCAGUUUAGUCGGUUGCUAGCUGCCAAAUCCGACGUUUCUAGUCUGACGUCAUUGCAGAUUUUGCUAAAAGACUUGAAACUUGUGAAUCCUACGAAGGACGUCAAUCCGGUCGCUGCAGUUCCUACUAUCCCCAUGAAAGUUUCAACAUUUUUGAAGCGAGAAGACUGGGAAAAGGCAUUGGAAGAGCUUCAACUGCUGCAUCGUGUCAAAGUAAUAGUCGUGAUGGGAGUCGUUUGCAGUGAUGACCAGAACCUCGAACGUGAUUUGGGACUGUUUUGGGGAGAUGCUGUGGUAUCACAGCUCGUUCUUGACGGAUUCUUCUCUGACAAAGGCAGUACGCUUGAAUUAGAAGCAGUGGGCGAAUUAUCCGGCGAUCGCUUCAAGUAUUUUCGACAGAAGAACUUCCGUGCGACGCGUAAAUUUAUUUUACCUUUAGUUUUGGAAUCGAUUAACAACGGUGCUCAGUCUGCUGCGACUUGA